UUCGCAAAGGUGUAGAGAAACCUCAACCCUAAGCGCGAAAGUGCUGUCGUUUCUGUAUUAUCUCUUCUCUUCCGAGGCAGCGGCAAUGGAGACAGCAAGAACGGUUAAAGACGUGUCGCCUCACGAUUUCGCGAAAGCUUAUUCAGCUCAUCUCAAGCGAUCUGGAAAGAUGGAACUGCCACAUUGGACUGAUAUCGUGAAGACUGCUAGAUUCAAAGAACUUGCUCCAUAUGACCCUGAUUGGUACUAUAUUAGAGCUGCUUCCAUGGCAAGAAAAAUAUAUUUGAGGCAAGGAAUUGGAGUUGGUGGGUUUCAGAAGAUUUAUGGUGGGCGCAAGAGAAACGGGAGUCGCCCACCUCAUUUCUGUAAGAGCAGUGGUUCCAUUGCCCGUCACAUCCUCCAACAGCUUCAACAGAUGAACAUUAUUGACAUUGAUCCGAAAGGUGGGAGGAGAAUCACUUCCAGUGGUCAGCGGGAUCUCGAUCAAGUUGCUGGUCGGAUUGUUGUCACUCCUUGAGUAGUGAGUUUUUUCAGCAUGCAUUUAUAUUUUGGAGCUUCUGUAGGGUGUUCUCAAAUGACUUUGUAGGUUCUUGAUUCAAUGGUUUCUGAGCCUUUUAUGAGGGUUAAUGAUAUAUAGAGGCUUGUUUUGUUUGGUGAGCUGACAAGUACAUUCAGAUGACAUGAUAUACAUGGUUUGAAAUUGGGUUAUGUUAUUUUUGAAGUUUUAAGGUA